AUGGACAUAGAAGAACCCAUGCAGAUUGGAGCACUAAAUACCAUGCUCACAGUAACUGAAAAAGCCAGAAGGAGAGCCACAUGCCUUUGCUUCUAUUGUGGCAACAUCAGCUAUUGCUCAAUACGUCCUCCUCGCCCUAAACAUAGCCAUGUGGGGGCUCUGUAUCACCAUCCAGCAAGUCCUCCAUGGCGCCUUUUUUGUUCAACUCUGCAUGCUACUGGACCGAAAAGACCACCUAACCAGACCAAUGGCACCAUCACAGCCCUGGCUAACCCUGCUCCUGUUCCAGAGCCUCAAAGGGAGGCUGCUGUGGCUACCUUCCAAUGCCCAGUCUCUGUCUCCGCUAACAUAUCCUGCUCCAACAGAGAGGUUCUGUCUCCAGGCUGUGUAAUUCACUCCAAUGGAACCGUGGUUUGCAGAGAAGAUCUUUGA